AUGUCAUCGUUUUUCAUCGAAAAGGCGGUGGCAUCUCUGUCAAAGAACGUGAAAGAAAUCAAACGCCUUAGAUCAGGUGACCUACUGCUGCAAUGCACUUCUGAAGCCGACUGCGAGCGUAUACUGAACACACAGGAGAUGCACGGGAUCAAAAUAUCAGCAACCUUGCAUAGGACCCUUAAUACCUGCCGUGGUGUCGUGUCACUAGCGGAACUCAUUGACGUUCCAUCAGAAGAGAUACUGGAAAAUCUAAAAAGCCAAAAAGUGAUUGAUGUCAGGAAAAUAAAAAUCCGGAAAAACAACGAGUAUAUAACAACGCGCAACACAAUCCUCACGUUCGACUGUCCGACUUUACCAGAACGGCUAAAGGUAGGGUAUCUGACUGCAGAGGUGCGGCCAUAUAUCCCUAAUCCACUCAGAUGCUUCAAGUGUAACCGCUUUGGCCAUCCUUCCGAUGCUUGCAGAGGUUCUGCGUGCUGUGCCCGCUGCAGCAGGCAGGACCACGACUCUAAGGAGUGCAGAGGGCCGGAUCACUGUGUCAACUGCGCAGGUGACCACCCUUCGUACUCUAGGUCUUGUCCAAAUUGGAAGUUUGAGAAAGAAGUUAUGCACAUCAAAGUCACACAGAAACUAAGUUAUCCAGAAGCCAGGAAGAAGGCAUCUCCGUUCCAGUUCCAGAAAUCCUUUUGUUGUUAA